AAGGAAGUGGCAGGUAUAACUCACUGAAGAAGCUGCGCAGUUUCAUUGCAGAAUGGAAUGUCCUCUCCUCAUUGUUGCGGUGUUUCUCUCCACCGCCCCAGUUUCCAGAGCUGAAGAGGAUUUGUUUGUGCUUAAGGGAGACUCUGUUCGUCUGGAUGUGAAGAGACAUGAAGAACUACAGUUUCACAGCAUAUCAUGGAGUGUUAAUAUCAGUAAAGAGAUAGUGGAUUACAUUCGGAAACGUCAAUUAAUAGACAAAUAUGAAAACGGUAUUAUAUCAGAAUUUGAUAAGAAAAACUUAUCUCUGCUACUGAAGAAUGUGACGCAGAAUUACAGUGGGAUCUACACAGCAACGAUAACAGAUGAUGGAGGACAGGAGAAAGCUGUUGCUACCUACAGGCUCACAGUUCAAGAGGCCCCGCCCAUACCCCAGGUGAGCGUGGCAUUACUCUCCUCUGAUGGAGGGGUCUGUAAGGUGUUGGUGAACUGCUCUGCUGAAGACACCAUGGUCAGCUACACCUGUGACCACGCCCACUGCACACAGGUAGAGAAUACAACCUCGCCGACAGGACUCAACCUCAUCGUCACGGCAACCAACGACACCAUCCACUGCAGCAGCAGUAACCGGGUCGCCACAAAGACGCAAUCAUAUUCCACAAAGGACAUCUGUUCAGUGCCUCCUGUAGCACCAUCUCCUGGCCUCUCACCGUGUGCACUAAAGUCAGUGCUGUUCUCCACGGGUCUGGUUGCCAUGGUUUCGGCUGUCAUCGCAGUUAAUGUCAGAGAGAGGUGCUGCAGAGAGAAAUGAGGACUGAGGAGGGAGGGUGAAUCUGAUAUUUGGUAUCUGUGUGUGUGUUAGAUUAGAUUACAUUAGAUUUGUAUUACAAUUGAGUAAAUGAAAACUCUCACCCUGCCACAUUAUCUGGUUUGCAAAACUGCAAGCUAAAAUUCGUAAAAAAAAUAUAUAAAAUAGUCUUUGCAAUGCUGUACAGUACAUAUUUUCUAUGAUAUUUUAUAUCUUACUGUUUGAUCUUAACGGUGUUCCUUACAAUGUUUUUUUUAUUUCUUGCUGUUACAGUAUGUUUUUUUUUUGUCAGUGAGCUUGAUUUUUAAUGUGUUUUUGGAUUUGUAUGUAUUUUUAUAAGGCCUAUAAAAAUACAUACAAUAUAUAUAUAAUCAGACUUUUUCAUAGUGUAUUAAAAAAUACAAUUUAUACAUCUUGAAUGCUUACGCUAACAAAAUAUAGAAUUUUUCUUUGUCUGAUGAAAAUAAAAGUGACAAUUAACUGA